GACGCUGUUGUUUCUCUCUUAUUUCAGAAUAUCAUAUGACAUCGGUAUUGGAGAAUUAUUUUACAUUGAUAUUUACCAUCUUUUAAAGACUAACAGGAAAUACAAUACAGAAGAAAGAAUAAAUCUAUGGUUAAUUACAGUGAAAUAAUAUCUUCUGAAGUAAGAGUUAUAGGAACAUUUGUCUACUUCGUUAUCUGGAACAGUUGAUUUUUGCACUCUAAUAGAACUUGGAUGACAGCAGAGCUUAACACCAUCAGAUACCAACUGUGAUCACAGCCAAUGGAAACAUAGCAGUUCAAAACAUAACAUAUAAACAAAAAGAAGAGAAGCAUCUGCAUAUUUUAAAGCAAGAAGAAAAAUUAUGGAAAAUGAAUUAUGUGAGAACCAGAUUAAAUGUAAGACUCAAUCUGAAAGCAUUGGUAUAAAGAAAGAGGAUGGAAAAACGUCACAUCAGUAUGAUAUCUGUGGUAAAUCAUUCUCUGAAGAAGGCUACCCGACAAAUUACAAAUAUAUUCAUACGGGAGAGAAGCCAUAUCAUUGUGUUAUCUGUGGUAAAACUUUUUUUGGAAGUAGUGGCUUAACUAUCCACAUGCAGGUUCAUACAGGAGAGAAACCAUAUCACUGUGAUAUCUGUGGUAAAUCAUUCUCUCAAAAUGCUCACUUGACUAAACACAAACAUAUUCACACGAGAGAGAAGUCAUAUAACUGCGGCAUCUGUGCUAAAUCUUUCUCUGGAAGUAGUGACUUGACUAAACACAUACGCAUUCAUACAGGAGAGAAGCCAUAUUGCUGUACUGUCUGUGGCGAAUCAUUCUCUCAAAGUAGUAACUUAGCUCGACACUACUAUACUCAUACAGGAGAGAAGGCAUAUCACUGUGAUAUCUGUAAUAAGUCAUUCUCUCGAAAUACUGACUUAGCUACACAUAAACGUAUUCAUACAGGAUUGAAGCCAUAUCGAUGUGAUAUCUGCGACAAAUCAUUCUCUCUGAAUCAUCACUUAACUACUCACAAAUAUAUUCACACAGGAGAGAAACCACAUACAUGUGAUAUCUGUGGUAAAUCGUUUUCUAUAUCAAGUAACUUAACUAAACACAAACGUAUUCAUACAGGAGAGAAACCAUAUCAGUGUGAUCUCUGUAGUAAAUCAUUCUCUCAGAAAAGUCACUUAACCAGACAUAUAUGUAUUCAUGCAACAGUGUAGUUUCACUGUUUAUUCACUUACUCUUUUACUUGUUUCAGUCAUUUGACUGCGGCCAUGCUGGAGCACCGCCUUUAGUCGAGAAAAUCGAUCCUGGGACUUAUUCUUUGGAAGCCUAGUACUUAUUCUAUCGGUCUCUUUUGCCGAACCGCUAAGUUACGGGGACGUAAACACACCACCAUCGGUUGUCAAGUGAUGCUGGGGGGGGGGGGGACAAACAUAUACACGCACAUACAUAUAUAUAUACAUAUAUACGACAGGCUUCUUUCAGUUUCCGUCUACCAAAUCCACUCACAAGGGCUUUGGCCGGCCCGAGGCUAUAGUAGAAGACACUUGCCCAAGGUGCCACGCAGUGGGAAUGAACCCGGAACCAUGUGGUGGGUAAGCAAGCUACUUACCACACAGCCACUCCUGCACCUAUAUUGAAAAAUAUACAAAAGCAAGCAUACUAGUUAAUUCUCAUCUUUUUUCCUCUUUGGUAUAAUAACUAAUGUUAUCCUCUUUGUUAUUUAAUGCUCACUUUUCCAUAUUUGCAUAGGGAAGAUGGAGUUUAUUCGAAGCAGAUUUUUCUAUGGCUGGAUACCCUUCCUGUUGCCAACCCUCACCCAUUUCCAAAGCAAAGUAAUAUUUGCCCAUGACCAGACAUGUCUUCACAAGAUAUUGGAAAUGAACAACACUGCUUGUAUGACAGUGACACUCCUUUACAACUAUCACUUGAUGUUGGAACAAUGAGACACAAACAAAUACACAUGAACACACACACACACAUUAUGGGCUUCUUUCAGUUUCCAUCUCCCAAAUCUACUCAAGGCUUUGGUCAGCCCAGGGCUAUUGUAUAAAACACUUGUCCAAGGUGCCUUUCAGUGGGAUUGAACCUAGAGCCAUGCCUGAUGAAUAUUGAUGCUUUCCCUUGAGUUAAUCUUAUAACUUUUAACAAGCAUCAAAUGUUCUCCACAUUUGUACAUUCCUACAUCGGGGUAUGCCUGAUAGUUCAGAUUUAUUUUCUGGAGACUCAUAAUUCCCAGAUCAAGGGUUCGGUUCCCAUCUAGGUUGUGAGUUGUGUUCUUGAGUAAAACACUUAAUUUCAAGUUGCUUUAGUGUUGCAUCCAUCGUAUGUUGGUGAUUCCCUACUAAUCCUAGCAGAUGACCAUUCAGGCGACAACCCUCCAACCCAUGGGUCUGUUUGGGUGGUCAUUGCUGGUGAGGAUUUUUCAAGGCUGGAGUGUAAAUCCUACCUUAACCUCUUUCAGUUACCUUUUACAACAUGCAGAGGAAAUGAUAGGUCUAUUCUUUGAUAUCCUGGUCCCCAAACAGCACAAUGAUUUAUACAAAUAACCCUUUCUACUAAUAAAUUUAUUAAUCCAAUUUA